ACCAUCACCUCCGUCCCAACAGUGUCUGAGAGCACACCCAGCUCUACCAUCACCUCCGUCCCAACAGUCUCUGAGAGCACAUCCAGCUCUACCAUCACCUCCAUACCAACAGCCUCCGGGAGCACAACCAGCUCCACCAUCACCUCCAUCCCUACAGUCUCUGAGAGUACAACCAGUUCUACCAUCACCUCCAUCCCUACAGUCUCUGGGAGCACAUCCAGCUCUACCAUCACCUCCAUACCAACAGCCUCCGGGAGCACAACCAGCUCUACAUCCACCCCCGUUACAACUACCUUUGCGAGCACACCGACCACCAUUCCGACAGUGUCUAGCACCACACCCAGCCUUACCACCACUACCACCAACCCUACUACCACUCCUGUGAUCACUACAACUUCCUUAUUACUAGAGACCUGUCUGAAUGGAGGCACCUGGGACGGAAACAAGUGCAUCUGCGUUGACGGGUUCUCAGGUAGCUUGUGCGAGUACCCCAUCUGCCAGAACGGUGGUACCUGGGAAGGCGGCCUUUGCUACUGCCUCCCCAACUUCCAGGGCAACGAGUGCCAGUUGGUCAAGGAGAACAUUGAGAUCAAUGAUGUGAACCAGUGCUCACAGGACUUCUUCUGGCCCGGUGAAGUGGUGGUGAACGCAACAGUGGAAAUGAAGGCGAAGGUCACCAACCAGAUUUUCACAGAAGACCUCCGAAAUCGAUCCUCCCCUGCUUUCCAGGACUUCGAGGAGAAAUUUAAGGAUCAGAUGGACGUGCUUUACAAGAAUAUACUUGGUUACCAAGGGGUGGUGGUCCUCAACCUAACUGAAGGCAGCAUUGUCGUGGACUACAAGGUCAUCCUGAAGAUCCCUGUCACCAGCACCCUCAACAGCACGACCGAGAGCAUCGUCAAAGAUCUGGUCUCUAUUAUCAACACGUCUGAUACCUGCUGCGAGACCGACCCCUCAUUAUGUAGUUUCUGUUUCAACUCCACCUUCACCAACGUCACUAGCUACACAGUUGACGACGUUGAUGAGGACCUGUGCGAUGGCCAAGUCCCAGAGGAAUUCAAGGAUCAGUACUCUGUCGUCCUCACAAAAGAUGGUGUCAUCUGCGCCACCAGAUGCGACCAGAGAGUCGCCAACCCCUACACCUGCACCCACGGCACGUGUUACGUGGACCGCAGUGGACCCCUGUGCGAGUGUUCAGACCAGGCAGCGUUUUGGUACAUGGACAAGACCUGCUCCUCCCGUCUCAGCAAGGUAGGGGUGGCUGUAGGAGUGCCCGUGGCAGUGCUGGUCAUUGCCACCACCGUCUUCACCAUCUUCCUGAUAAGGACACAGAGGAAGAACACGGAGUACAGGGAGAAGCUGUCGUCCCGCUCGGAGCUGUACGAUGAUGAGGACGAGAACUGGAGCAGCCCCCACGGUUUUGGUACCAGCAACCAAGCAGCCAGUUGGGAAGGCUCAGAAACCCCCAACGUCUACAUCAGCCUGGAGAACGUGGACACCUCGCGGCAGAUUCGCAUCCAGAAGCCCUCCAGCAUCCUGCCCUGA